AUGGGUGGUGCAGAGAAGCAGGCCAUUCCAGCCCCUCAAUCUAGAGAUGCCAGCAAGAACCAACAACAGCUCAACAGACAGAAGACCAAGGCUCAGAAUUCCCAGAUGCAGAUUGUUGCUAAGGAAAGAGAAAGAGGCCAUGGUUAUAACUCGUCAGCAGCCGCAUGGCAGACCAUGGGAGAUGGAGGGGAGAACAAAAGGUUCCCAGAUAAUGAAAACUGGAACUCGAACUUGUCAAGUCAACUUAUUUUUAAGCUGCAAGCUAAUCAGAACUAUGCUGGAGCCAAAGUCAGUGAGCAGCCAUCACCAAGUGUUCUUCCCAAACCACCAAGCCGCCGGGUUUCUGUUUCCUUUAAUCUUUCAGAUAAAGAAAUAAUGACAUUCAACUUUAAACUUUACUUAAAGUACAUGUAUAAGAUAAAGUGCUAA